AUGUCGAAAUCCACAAGUCGAAACAAGCCAGAAAAGGGAAAGAACAUCAAUGCAUCUUUCAUCGUUCAAGACGUGAUCCCUGGAAAAGCUUCAGAAUCAGAAUGGAAUGAGUUGAUUGAAGAUGAUUUUGCUGAAAAGACAUGUUUUGAUAUCACCAAAGAUAUAGUUGAUGAAACACUCAGUGCUAUAUUCCAGAUAUAUUUAAAGGACCAAUUAAUACCUUUUACAGUUCAUCAAGCAUCUCUGUGCCUCAUGCAAUACAUUGACUUGGAAUUCAUGUCCUGCGAUCAAGGAGAGCCUUAUAUUAAUCUUAAUCCAGAGUGGUUCGAAGAUGAACUUGCUGAAUCAAGUAGAAUAGAUUCAUGGGCUCAAGGAGCGAUUUCAAAGACUUCUUAUGCAAAGAUGUCAGACAAUCUACAACCCCAAAAUAAUCAUCAGGUUUUACAAAGGCUUCAAAAUAGUCUUAUUCACAGAAACGAAGAUGUCAGUGACAAUAAAGCUAUUCGUAAGGAGCAUAUCGUUGAUAUGUCUCAUAGUGAAAAUCUCCACCAAAUAUCUAUUCGACAGAAGAAGCCUCAAAAACUGAAAAACGAUUUUAAAAACGAUCACACCCGUAUGCCUACCGAUCGAGGAGAUUCCAUUCCUCAACUAACUAAACAGUUGAAAGAUUCUACAUGGAAAACAUCUAUAGAAAAUGUUUCAAUGGAAAAUAUCUCAGUUAAAAACGACAAUACCAGUAAAGAAUAUAGUCUAACUAGAAAGAAACCAAUGAAACCACUGCCUGAAACUAUGCUACAAAACAAACGAAUAAAUGGAUCUGGAAAACUAGUUUUCGACGAUGAAGGAAAUCUACUCAGUGUACCUAAAUUAUAUCCAGUCAAUAAGAGGCAAGAUGAAUCAUUCACGACUGAUUCACAUUCAAAUGGAAGUGAUAAUAAUAUUUUGGGAAAUAAAAUUCCAAUUCAAUGGCGUUUUGUAUCCGAGUCAUACUGUAACAGUGCAAAUAACAAUCAGUUUGGCAUAAAAAUGAAUAGUAAAUUAAGAACAGCCAGAUCGUCCAUAUCGAAUUUUUCAAAUAAAGUGAGAACAAGAAAUCGUAGUUUAGAUUUAACUGGUGCCACAGUUACACCUGAUGUAAUACGUCUACAAAAAAUUAAGAAUGCAUGUAUCAAUUUGCCAAAUACCAUUGAUCUGGUUGAUUUAGUGGCUGGAGUGACAAUAUCUGAUGGGGAACAUUUAAAAAUUGGUCAGUUAACGAAUGAACAGUUCACGUCAAUAUUGAAUACAAACUGGAAUAAUCUCGACGAAAUUCCACCAGUUAAAGCGAAUUAA